AUGCGUGCAAAUGCGGACCGCCUUCCUUAUCCCCGUCAGGCGGCGUUGUCUGUUGCUUGGUCCUGCCCCGAAUCUCCUUGCCUUUCCUCCCCAACUCUUCUGUCCGUUCUAUCCUCAACUGAAUCCCCCCCCCCCCUCCCUCCCUCCCUCCCUCCCUCCCUCCCUCCCUCCCUCCCUCCCUCCUCCCUCCCUCCUCCCUCCCUCCCUCCUCCCUCCUCCCUCCCUCCCUCCCUCCCUCCCUCCCUCCCUCCCUCCCUCCCUCCCUCCCUCCCUCCCUCCUCCCUCCCUCCCUCCCUCCCUCCCUCCCUCCCUCCCUCCCUCCCUCCCUCCCUCCCUCCCUCCCUCCCUCCCUCCCUCCCUCCCUCCCUCCCUCCCUCUCUCCCUCCCUCCCUCCCUCUCUCCCUCCCUCCCUCCCUCUCUCCCUCCCUCCCUCCCUCUCUCCCUCCCUCCCUCCCUCCCUCCCUCUCUCCCUCCCUCCCUCCCUCCCUCCCUCCCUCCCUCCCUCCCUCCCUCCCUCCCUCCCUCCCUCCCUCCCUCCCUCCCUCUCCUCCCUCCCUCCCUCCUCCCUCCCUCCCUCCCUCCCUCCCCUCCCUCCCUCCCUCCCUCCCUCCCUCCCUCCCUCCCUCCCUCCCUCCCUCCCUCCCUCCCUCCCUCCCUCCCUCCCUCCCUCCCUCCCUCCCUCCCUCCCUCCCUCCCUCCCUCCCUCCCUCCCUCUCUCCCUCCCUCCCUCCCUCUCUCCCUCCCUCCCUCCCUCCCUCCCUCCCUCCCUCCCUCCCUCCCUCCCUCCCUCCCUCCCUCCCUCCCUCCCUCCCUCCCUCCCUCCCUCCCUCUCUCCCUCCCUCCCUCUCUCCCUCAAUCCCUCUCUCCCUCCCUCCCUCCCUCCCUCUCUCCCUCCCUCCCUCUCUCCCUCCCUCCCUCCCUCCCUCCCUCCCUCCCUCUCUCCCUCCCUCUCUCCCUCAAUCCCUCUCUCCCUCCCUCCCCAUCCCUCCCGCUGUGCAACUCCCAUCCCUCGUUCCGAAACCAACAGUCCCAUGUUUCUCGGCGGCUCUCUCUUCACCGUUUGACGCCACUGGUGCACCUUUUUAUGCUCGCACAUGCUCCCAUUGCCUCUGCAUACAUUCUGCUGUCCUCUUUUCCCUUCCCCCCGAUUUCUUCCUCUCCCAUCCACACCACACGCAGGUUCUCAUAGCCCUCACAGCCAUGUUCCUGGACGGCUCUCUCUUCACCGUCUGGCGCAACUGGCACCUGCUGGACUCGUUAGAAGCUGCUGCGGUACCAGGCCUGCUGUACGCCGCCCAGAACACGCUCAUUCAGGUGGCCCUGCGCCACCUGGACUACCUGACGUUCAACCUGCUGAACCAGACGAAACUCCUCUUCACCGCUCUCUCCAACUAUCUGUUUCUAAGAAUCCGCCAGACCCGGGUGCAGAUCGUCGCCCUCUGCAUGCUGCUCGUCGCCGCCACGCUACUCACCCUCAGCCCAGGCCCUGCUUCUGGUCCGGGGCCUAAACCUGGCCAGACUCACGGAGCGAGUGCAGCAGGGGAGGCGCCGCCAUCUAUGGCUGCUGGCGCGGCUGCCACUGCUGCUGCGGCGGCGGCUAUUGUAGCAGCAGGCGUGGCCUGGGAGAGAGUGGCGCUGGGAGUGGUGCCGGUGCUGGUGGCGUCUGUGACCUCUGGGCUGGGAUCAACGCACAACCAGUGGCAAGUGCAGGUCAAGAGGCGCAGCCCACAUCUAUUCACCAUCGAGAUGUGUUCCCUCACGUCCCUCGUCCUGCUCGUCUCUCUCUUCACUUCCCAAGACGGCGCCCGCAUGUUGCAACUCGGCUUCUUCCACGCAUGGACGCCACUCACCAUCGUAAGAAGCAUCAAGUCGUGCUUGCUCCCCUUUCUUGCCACUGUGCGUGCACCAUCAUGCAUGCACAUCACUGUUCCUAUCCUCUCCUUCCAAGACGCUGCUGCUCGCAUGUUGCGCCCCGGCUUCUUCCACGCCUGGACGCCCCUCGCCAUAAUGACUCUAUCAAACGCCAUAGGAGGCAUUCUUGUGGGGCUUGUGACCAAAUAUGCAGGGGGCGUUAAGAAGGUAUGCUGGGGGAGGGGAUAG